AUGGCGAGCGCAGCAGACCUGCAGUCCUUUACUUCUCUGGCGAACGUCCAACUCCCAGCACCAUCGCGUCUAGUAACAUCUGCCUGCUGCCCGGAUAAGGACCUUGUCGUCUUGAUCCAACGGCUUGGAAGCAAAGACCGAUUAAGCCUGUGGAAAAUCCAAGGGUCCAAGAAGUGGGAGGUGUCCGUGGAACGGGAACCCGAUGCUCAACCUGAGGAGAUCAUCGACGUUGCCUGGAGACAGACCAUCGCCGUGCUUCAUGAUCCUCCUCGUGUAACCCUUCAUUCAAUACAAGAUGGUCACGAACAAAACGUCAUGUACCCGGCACCAGCAAUGCCUGGGCGACGUAUUCGCCUUACAAACGUAUGGUGGUUUGCGGCUCACAAGAAGGCGGAUACAGACAACAUCCCGGACAUGUUUCAACGCCAGGGUGUCAUUACAGGAUCUGCGCACUCCACACUCAAGCUGCUGCCUCUUCUGGAUCCGCCGAAGGAUGAGCAGCAAUCGGCAGGAGCGACGGAACUCUUUGCGUUUCAAAGUACGAGGACGAAGACUGCCCAACGUUCCGCCAUACCUCUUGCUAUUUCUUCGUGGCCUACAUUGAGUCCUGACCCAUUGGCUGCAUCUAUCGCCCCGUCGGACAGACCAGGAUCAAAAGAGAGGAGUAUAGCCGAGGAGUUGGACCCCGCUGAUGACGCAAACGUCGACGGAAUCCUGGCCAUUGCUGACGAUCAGGGACGGAUAUCCCCAUUCCUCGACGGCAGCUUUGCUUUUGGACCGUUCGCUGUAGACCCAACGCCCGGUGGCUCUGCAAUCGCCUCGCUGAUCAAAGACAGUUCGCGGCCCGUAUUCUACGCCCACCGUCGCAUAUGCGCCGAUGACGCGUCUGCCUGCGAGGCGCUGCCUACCAUCGUUCAUCUCCCGCUCAUGGCACAGCGCAUGUUUCGUGACGAGGCAAAGAUAUGCUCGACCGCUCGGGAACUAGUGUGGUAUCUCAUGCGCUCCAUCAAGGAAAUGCGAACGGCAUGGCACGGAUCUGACACGCUCCCGGGUGCCAGCGGCUUCGGGCCAAGAUGGGAACGCAUGUUACGUGAAAAACAGCAAAAACAGUUCGGACAAAAGCACCCCGACGCCAUCUUGGAUCUCACCGCCCUUUUGAUCACCGGGAAGGCUUCGGAGGCGCUCACAGAUCUGCUGGGCAGCGGUGGAGAAAACAUGGGCGAUAGGGGAAUCAUGAAAUGGGAGACGAUAGUGGGCGACGCGUUGAUCAAGCUGCGUGAUCACGCGGAAAGAAGGGUGGGCCCCGCCUUUCAACGUUUGCACGUCGUGCUGGAAGAGGUUCAGGGUUGGGCUUUAUUGCCCGCGUACUCCCAAUUCCGCUUCUCCGCAGAGCGGGUCGGUCAAUGCCUUGAGCUGGUGAAGCGCGGGAUCAUCCUUUCCGCAUGGCUCGCGUCGGCUGCGCGUCAAGAGUUGCGACGGUUUAAAGAAUUCAUGUCGUGGAUCAAACACGAGCUCGGCAAGAUCAACACGAGUGGGGACGCUCCGAACCCUGGACCAGCGAAGCAUGAUAUACUGGUGGUCAACGACUACCUCACAGCCGGGUUGAUCGGGAGCCCGAUCGACAAAUGGUUCGUUGGCCCUGUGCCGACGUUCACUACCGAGGACCUCGGUGGGUCCCUCAAGCCGCCGCCUCUCCAUGAGGCGAUCCAAAACGCCCGCAAAGCGCUGUCCAUUCGUCCCUUGCCGAGCACGCUGGUGGGGAUAUACCACCGCCCUCAUUGGUCGCGAGGGUCCCUGACGAUAACGUUGCAGAUGAACCCGAGGAAUAUACCGGAUGUGGACAGAAACCUAGACGCGCUCAUCGGAGAAUUGGCCACGAGUUGCCAGCAAUUGUUUGUGCAAGCAGCUGACGCCGCUGGUCGGUCCGCGCAGGUCUCGAACGUGGCGGACGUUAGGCCACCGCCCCAGUCCGUAGAAGGAAAGUUCGUCACCCGCGAGCGAACGACGGAAGAUGCGGACAGAUUCGUGCAAUAUCUCGCCAUUUGGACCACGGAUCACAGGGCCGAAGAACGCCACCAUCGUGAGUCGGUUUAUCGCGAUUUUGGCGCUGGGCAGCAGGCUGCGAUGGCCGUGGCGCUGUUGGACUGCACCGUUGCCAAGGGCGUGGAGGGUUCGGACGUCGCGCCGUUUGACGUGUUGGACGCGGAUUUCUUCGACGAAGAACUGGUCGUCAUUGUAUAUCGGCUACGGGAUUCUGCGUGGAUUGGGAUGGCCAAUUACAGGGAGGUGAGCUAUCAGGACAUUGAACGUGCCAGGGACGAUACAGCCUCGUCGCGCGAGGGGCUCUUCGUGAGCGCGGUACGGAAAUGGAGAGAAGGCGAGAUCCGCGUUGGCCGCGUGUCGAUCAGCAGGGCGAGGAGGCUGGCUGGACGACAGAGCGGCGGGGUGUCGCUAGCGGUGAACGGACGGAAGGGUCGGAGGGUCGCGUGCGUGCUGGGCGGAGAGGGGUCAACGCUGGAGAUGCUGGAUAUGGAAGGGGACGAGAUGGGGGAGGAAGCCGAGGAGGGGGACGCGCUCGCGUGA